AUGGUAUCGAUAGAUCAGUCAUAUAACGUGCUCUCUAAGCAUUUGGGCUCUGAGCACGACGACUACAUUCUCUACCCCGAACCCCCCCAAGGAGUUUUUACCACGGCGCCCAUUGAAAUGAGCAUCCCUGCCGACGUCAGCUACAUGUUCCCGACUUCCAUGCCCAUGGAGGCUUCUCCCAUCUACGAGCCCAGCUUCGUCUACCAGGGCCGCACAUCUCCUGGCCUCUACGAGGAAGGCGACUUUCAAUUGCCCUCGUCCAAUCUCUCCACAACCUCCGCGCCCUCGGCCACCUCAUCCAAUGUUGGAUCGCCGCAGUCGCAUUAUGACCAGCCGGCGCCAGUGCCCGAAUGGGCGCAUCCCGGCAUCGCUGUCACCCCGGGCAUUGUACCCCACGACUACUACAACACCGCGGGUACUGAGUACUCGACCUACUCCGGCCAAGGUAUGGAGGACUUCGCAGCUUUCGACUUUGUCAACACCAAACCCCCGGGUUUUGUGGACCCCUCUCUCAUCCACCCCGACAUCAGCCGUCCCAUGCCGAUGCCGGGUUUCGAUCCCAACUUCCACCAUCCCCAAUAUCCUGCGUCACCCGCGCUGUCCGCUUCGUCCCAAUCCAUGGUCCGGAACGGCAGUCAAUCGCCUUUUAUGCACAGCGGCUUCCAGCAGCAGUUCAGCCCCUAUGCCACGCCCGCAGAUGCACGCCGCCCCAGCCUCCACUCGUUCCCCUCAAACUAUUCAGACGGCAACGCCUACAGCGGAGAUGAGUCCAAGGAGAAGCAGCGUUGCCCGCAUCCCGAGUGCGGCAAGACCUUCAAAGAUUUGAAGGCUCAUAUGCUUACUCAUCAGAAUGAGCGUCCCGAGAAGUGCCCGAUCGUGACCUGUGAUUACCACAUCAAGGGUUUCGCGCGAAAGUACGACAAAAACCGCCACACCCUUACCCAUUACAAGGGUACGAUGGUGUGCGGCUUCUGUCCCGGGUCCGGCUCUGCGGCCGAGAAGUCGUUCAACCGCGCCGACGUCUUUAAGCGUCAUCUGACGGCUGUUCAUGGUGUCGAACAGACACCACCCAAUAGUCGGAAGAAGAGCACUACUUCCAACAGUGGCAAGAAACUCGCUGGUUACCCUCCCGAUGCUACUGGCAAGUGUUCGACCUGCUCGCAGACAUUCUCCAAUGCCCAGGACUUCUACGAGCAUUUGGACGACUGCGUGUUGCGUAUCGUGCAGCAGGAGGACCCUGCCGAGGCCAUUAACGCGAAGCGCCUGGCCGAGGUCGAGAACGAUCAGGAGGUACACCAGACGUUGGAGAAAAACCACUUGCCUACGCAGACGCAGACAUCAUCGACAGAGGAAGACGACGAUGAAGACAUGGACGAAGAGGAUGACGAGGACAGCAAGAACCGCGUCAACUCGCCGAGCAAGCGCAAGAGCAAUCCAGUCAACGGCGUGCAAAAGUCACGCGGCCUCACUCACUCCCGCGGCGGCGGCCCCAUCCCCGUCAAGACGAAGGGACGCAAGAAUCGCCGCGAUUACCCCUCAUCCUGGGGCUUCGAUAAGGGCCAGAUGACGAUGAAGAAGCGUGUCAUGGCUGUGUUUGACGGUCCACGGCGGCUGGCCAAAGAUGACAUGAUGCUCUCAACAGAUCAUGAAGUGCGCAUUAAGUUGUCGGAUGGCGCGAGCUACGUGACGGACCUGGACGUACAGACGCUGAAGCGUGCCGAGGGCUUCCUCGGUGCGACGGAUGAAGAGAAGGGGCCGUGGAUCUCUGACGACCCCACGAAAGAGCAGAUUCAGCAGAUGCAUGACAUGCUCGAGAGCUGCUAA